CUAGACGCUCGACGCAACUUUCUGAGGGACGUAAGGCUCUGGAACGUGGGUUGAGGCGGGAGGGGUGGACGCGCGUCUCCCAGCAGCCUCUCCCCGGCGAGCUCUUGAAUGGUCCGCGCCGGGAGCGCGCGCGCAGCUUGAAGCAGCUCCGGAGGCGCCCAGUCCGCUGUGUCUGCGCUGCACUUUCAGGGCUCCGCGUCGGAAGUCAUGGAUCCCGAGACCCGCGAACUGCGCGCCUUGGAGGCGGAGGUCGCAUCGCUGCAGCGAGAGUGCAGAAUGCUGCAACGCCCCGGGGAGAAGAUGUCCGGAGCCAGGAAAUCAUUUCAAAAAAUUUCCCAAUCAGAUUCUGAGGAAUGGGAAUCCUUGAAAGACUUGAGAAGUCAGCUUGGGCAUGUAAAAUCUGAACUCUCAUUUUUAAGUAAACUUACUGGCUUCAAUAUAAGAGACUAUUCCAAGAUGGAGGAUAUUGCAAACACUGAAGAGACAGAAAAUGAUACAAAGAAAGUUCUACAGAGACACAGAUUAUCAGGAAAUUGCAGCAUGGUUACAUUUCAACUGGAAUUUGAGGUUCUGCAAAUUGAGACUAAAGAGAAAAAAUCUUCUAUUAUAACUGACCUCAGCAUAAUAAUGGAGCCCACAGAAUAUUCAGAAUUAAGUGAAUUUGCAUCUAGAGCAGAAGAAAAAAGAGAUUUGCUCAUGUUUUUUCAAAGUCUGCAUUUUUUUGUGGAGUGGUAUGAAUAUCGUGAGAACACAUUUAAGCAUUUCAAGGAAAAAUACCCAGAUAGUGUAUACCUCUCAGAAGGCACCUGUUCCCACUGCAUGGAGAUCCACAGUGCCAAACUGCCAGGGUUUGAACUGGUGAUUGUUUGGAAGAUACAAAUAGAUGAGGAAGGGAAGGUUUUUCCAAAGCUGGAUCUUCUUACCAAAGUCCCAGAGCAAGCCCUAGGACUGGACAAGAACAGAGUCAUAGAAACUGCUGCUCUCAGUUUCCGAAGCCUGCUAGGUGUACUUGGUAUUGAAGCUGCUCUAGACAGCCUGAUAAGAUUGUUCAGUGCAGAUAACAACUAGUUCCUGGCUGGCAAACACACAGGAAUCCAAUGCUGGGCUGAGGAACAUUCGAAGUAUGUUGAAUAUGGACAUUUCUCUCUUCCAAUUAGAAGCCACAUCCUUCAGACAUGAGUUUGUGUGCAUUAGAGGUAUAUUACAUAUGAACUCCCAUGGCAUAAAAAUAAAGCUAUUCAGGUAUGUUAAAAGCAA